UUGUGGUUUGGAAACGUCCCACUGAUCGGGAAACAGCCACUAAAGUGUUCUGCAUUCUGUUCUAGAGACACUAAAACAUGACAUUAUGACAUGUUGUGGUCUGAAUAUGACUUGGGUCAGUGUAAGGCUGACAUUUCCAACAGGUGAAAUCUACUCAAUUCAAGGUAUCUGUUACAGUUCAUGUCUCCCCUGGACUCCAUUUCCCAUGAUCCUCCCUGCUCCACACCUGAUUGCAAUUCCUCAUCAUCUCUCCCGCUUUCCUUGGAUUCCUUGCACCUGUGUAUUGUCAUUAGCACUCCCUUUAAGUUGGACUCACUUUAUGCAUCAGCAAUACUGAUACUGAUGUUUGGUGCCUUCAGCUACAGUAUUUCCUGUAGUUAUGAUACCAUUUACGAGCAGAGCAGUCAGCAGUUUUUUUUAAUAACAACAACUAGAGUUCUCACUGUGGUUUUAAGGGGAAGAGGCUACAUUAUUUUUGGUCUUUGAGCAACGCCUCUUCUGCUGGUAGUUUUGGUCGUCAUCAUUACAAGCAUCAUGUUCAGGUGUCUGCUGUACUGCUUCAAUCCUUCAUCUGGAUCUCUCUGAUAGCAACAGUCAAAAAACUGAACUGCAAAUCAACAUUUCAAGCAUGGAUCUGUGUGUAUUCCAGGUGUGCAGUAUGACAUUACUCAUAUUAUCAGUAGAAUGUGUGUUGUUCGGCAGUCGACAGUGCUCAUACCCUGCAAAUACACUCACCCUCAACAUGAGCAGGUGAGCGCAGUGGAAUGGCUCCAUGAGAAAUCACCGGAGAAGGAGGUCAGAGUUUCUCAGGAUCCUGCAUUUGAAGGGCGCGUGGAGUUGCAGGCUGACGCGGGAAAUUGCUCGCUACUGCUGAGGGACGUGAACGAGAGUGACGCGGGUCUCUUUCGCUUUGUGCUCGGCACUGGAUCCGGGCGAAACUGGACGAACGCUCAGGGAAUCCGUCUUGAAGUAACUGAUGCGGAGGUGGAGGUGAAGACCCAGUCUGACAAUGUGACAGAGGGAGAUUGGAUUGUUUUCAUCUGUGGUUCAUGCAUUCCCUCCAUGACUGUACCAACCUACAUCUGGAAGAAAGAUGGGCAUCUGCACAGUCAACGCCAUGGGGAAAACCUACUUGAUUUGGAGUCUGUUGGGCUGGAGGACAGAGGACAAUAUUCCUGCACCAUGAGCGGCCAUGAGGGACUCAACUCCACAUCUGUUAACAUCACUGUUAGACCUGGAUAUCCUCCAAAGAGCAUCUCAGUGUCCAUCAGUCCAUCUGGUGAAAUAGUGGAGGGAGAUUCAGUGAUUCUGAGCUGCAACAGUGAUGCAAAACCUCCUGCAGAAAUCAGCUGGUAUAAAGGGAAAACUUUUCUGCAAUCUGGCGACACCUACAGCAUCAGUAAUAUCAAGUCUGAGGCCAGUGGAAACUAUUAUUGUUCUGCUAGAAACAAAUAUGGAUCUCAGUCCUCUGCUGCUGUGAAUGUCAUGUAUCCUCCAAAGAGCGUCUCAGUGUCCAUCAAUCCGUCUGGUGAAAUAGUGUCCGGAGAUUCAGUGACUCUGAACUGCAGCAGUGAUUCAAACCCUCCUGCUCUGAACUUCAGCUGGUUUAAGGAAGGAAAGUCUGUAGGAUCUGGAAGAAUCUUCAGCAUCUCAAACAUCAGCUCUGAUCACAGUGGAGAAUACAAGUGCAGAUCCAGAAAUAAACAUGGAGAGAAAAACUCUGAUACUGUGAUGCUGAAUGUCAUGUAUCCUCCAAAGAGCGUGUCAGUGUCCAUCAGUCCGUCUGGUGAAAUAGUGUCAGGAGAUUCAGUGACUCUGAACUGCAGCAGUGAUUCAAAACCUCCUGCAGAAAUCAGCUGGUUUAAAGGAGGAACGUUUCUAGGAUCUGGCGACACCUACAGCAUCAGUAAUAUCAAGUCUGAGGCCAGUGGAAACUAUUAUUGCUCUGCUAGAAAUAAACAUGGAUCUCAGUCCUCUGCUGCUGUGACUGUGAAUGUCAUGUAUCCUCCAAAGAGCGUCUCAGUGUCCAUCAAUCCGUCUGGUGAAAUAGUGUCCGGAGAUUCAGUGACUCUGAACUGCAGCAGUGAUUCAAACCCUCCUGCUCUGAACUUCAGCUGGUUUAAGGAAGGAAAGUCUGUAGGAUCUGGAAGAAUCUUCAGCAUCUCAAACAUCAGCUCUGAUCACAGUGGAGAAUACAAGUGCAGAUCCAGAAAUAAACAUGGAGAGAAAAACUCUGAUACUGUGAUGCUGAAUGUCAUGUAUCCUCUAAAGAGCGUCUCAGUGUCCAUCAGUCCGUCUGGUGAAAUAGUGUCAGGAGAUUCAGUGACUCUGAACUGCAGCAGUGAUUCAAACCCUCCUGCUCUGAACUUCAGCUGGUUUAAAGGAGGAACGAUUCUAGGAUCUGGCGACACCUACAGCAUCAGUAAUAUCAAGUCUGAGGCCAGUGGAAACUAUUAUUGCUCUGCUAGAAAUAAACAUGGAUCUCAGUCCUCUGCUGCUGUGACUGUGAAUGUCAUGUAUCCUCCAAAGAGCGUCUCAGUGUCCAUCAAUCCGUCUGGUGAAAUAGUGUCAGGAGAUUCAGUGACUCUGAACUGCAGCAGUGAUUCAAACCCUCCUGCUCUGAACUUCAGCUGGUUUAAGGAAGGAAAGUCUGUAGGAUCUGGAAGAAUCUUCAGCAUCUCAAACAUCAGCUCUGAUCACAGUGGAGAAUACAAGUGCAGAUCCAGAAAUAAACAUGGAGAGAAAAACUCUGAUACCGUGAUGCUGAAUGUCAUGUAUCCUCCAAAGAGCGUGUCAGUGUCCAUCAGUCCGUCUGGUGAAAUAGUGUCAGGAGAUUCAGUGACUCUGAACUGCAGCAGUGAUUCAAACCCUCCUGCAGAAAUCAGCUGGUUUAAGGAGGAUGAAACCUCAGCUGUUGGAUCUGGACAGAGUUUCAGCAUCUCCAGCUUUAACUCCAGUUUCAGUGGACGCUUCUACUGUGAGGCUCAGAAUAAAUAUGGAUCUCAGAGAUCAGCGUCUGUUUCUCUCACUGUUAAAGGGGUUCAGAGAGCUGCUCUGCACACAGUUUCUGGGAUUGUGGCGGGAUGUGGAGGAUUGAUCUUCAUCAUCAGCAUCAUCAUAUUCAUAAUGAGCAGGAUGAGGAGGGAAGGUGAAACUGAAGACGUGAAUCAAAAGCAGACGGCUGACGCGAGUGACGAUACAUACGCAGCUCUGGAUCCAGCGUCCAGAACAUCUGCUGACAUUUACAGCACAAUCGCAUCUGUUCAGUCCAGAGCUCCUGAUGACACCUACACGGCUCUUGAGCUUCAGUCCAGAUCUUCUGAAUAUGAGACUCUAGCAGUGACUUCAGCAGAUCCACAUUAAACUCUCCUCACUGUAUUACUGCUAAUAUGAAACAACUGAAGCUCCUCAGAAACUGCCCAUUAUCAUCAGCUCAUGAACAUCAUUUCAUCAUCAAUAACAUUCUGAUUUAUUAAACUGUGUAUAUUGUAAUUGAGCUUAUAAGAGUUUGCAGAAUUAUUUUUUUCUAUUAGUCUUGUAAAUCUAUAUUUUAGCCUGCAUGUCAUAUUUUAUGUUUGUGCUUCAUAAGCAAAUGCAUUUUAGGAGAAAAUUUGUGCAAUUCAAAUAUUUAAAGUAACAUCAUAAUAACUUGUAAUCAUUCUUUAGUUUCUGCUUCACUGGAGUAUUAAAAUUGAAUUUAUGUAUGUUAAUUUCACAGUUAAGCAGUAUUUUCAUGUUAAACUCAGUUCAGUCUGAAUCUGAUUGUAUUAAAGUCUCAGUUUCUCUGUCAUGUCUGACGCUCUGUUGACUGGAUUUUAUUCUACUGUAUCUUUACUGGAGGAACUUAAUCAUUUUUGUAGUGUUUAAAAGACUGAGAUCUCAAAUAAACAUUUCUCUCAUA